AUGGAGAUUGUAGAAACUAUGUUUGGAGAUAAUUUUGCCAAACAAUUACAAUCCAUACCUCUUUCAAAUGAUACUGUUGCCCGCCGAAUUGGUGAUAUAGCCGAAGAUGUACAGCACCAGCUUCUCGAAAAGUUUUAUGACAAAUUGUUUUCGAUUCAGCUUGACGACGCAACAGAUAGCAAUGAAGACGCUCAUUUAAUUGCCGAUGUCUGGUUUUGUGAUCGCAUAUCGGCACUAGAAGAACUACUUUUCUGCAAACCUAUAGAACUCAAAGCAACAGCACUCGCUUUGUUUGAUAUUUUAAUUGAUUUUAUUAAUGAGGCAAACAUAGAGUGGAAGAAUUGCGUUGGAAUAUGCACCGAUGGUGCUUGUACAAUAUCUGGAAGAUUCCAAAGCGUACAAGCACUUGUGAAACAAAAAUUUCCGCAAUGUGUCUGGACACCGACCAUCAAUAGAAAGGCUCUGGUUUCCAAAGAAAUGAGUCCUGGUCUCAACAUUGUACUAACGACGGUUGUAACUGUAGUAACUUAUAUAAAAAUGAGACCCGUAAAAUCAAGAAUCUUUAAUGCACUUUGCAAAGAUAUGGGUGCAGAACAUUCGACGUUGCUAUUUUAUUGUGAGGCCAUCGCGUGGGAAAUUUCUACAACGUGUUUAUGA